AUGCCGCCUCCCACAUGUUCCGAGCGCGAAGCCACCAACAGUGGGAUGAAUUACAUACAUCUCACCCAGACGCUUGUCGAAUCGUUCAACGCCCUUGCCGAUGAAGUCCAGAUCCUGACCGACAGGAAGACGAUCCUGGAGCACAAGCUCAGGUUCGCCCACGAGCAGUACCAGUACCUGGCCGACAAACAUGCACCGGCUGCCCCCGAAAUCUCCGAAGUACUGGCAAAGCUACAGCUCCCGCCGGAGCUCGCAAAUCCAUCUUUAGAAGACGCAAAUCCCGUGCCCCUCCCGAAGCGCAACAAACUGGAUACCAGAAAUCAGAUUGCUCUCAUCAUCCGAGACGGUCGUCGUGUGGCUCAGCAACUCACGUCUAUUGGCGAAACGAGCAAGACGAGCGACUCUAGCAGAGAAACUUCUUCCCGUGAAGCCCGGACCGGAACCUCCAUGUCGACCGUUCUCGAGCAAGAUUUUACGAUUGAGGGAAAGAAGGGGUCUCUAGAAUGUCCCUUCUCCUCACCCAAGGCGGAAGGCGAUGGCGUUGGCGAUGCGCAUAAUGAGGAGAAAGGGUCGCAGGAUCCUACGCCUCACCACUCCGCAGACCCCAUCUGCGCCGCCAUGUUCGAAGAGUCUACAUCCCAGCCGGCUCCUGGCGCUGUCGACUCGCCCGCGAAAUGCCCGAUACGCUACUUAGAUCAACACUCCCCCGAAGAGAUCGCACAUUACGUCGAAACACACAAGCACGAACUCCCUCGCAGCCAUGAGGUCUGCGUAAGAAGAUACCAGAAGAACGAGGUACAGAUCAAGAAGUUGGAUGCAAAAUACGGCAACUUGGUCAACAUGAUUCAGGGGCUUAGUGCUCUGCAUCAACCCAUGCUGCCGGAGUCGCAACAGGAGCAGGAGGAGAUUGACCGAGCCUCGAACGAGAGGGUGCAAAACUGGGCGAAGGCUGUCACCGCGUCCGAGACUGAGGAUGCUGAGCAGUCCCUGCCUGAACCCAUAGACACCGACGAGGCUCGGCAGAGCCAUUUUGACCGUCCUCUCAAGGAGGUUCGAGUGGGCGAGUCCCCCAGCCGGCCAUGGGGCAUUUCUGUUCCAGUCUACGAGUCCCACGGUCUUGGCGGCGAAGACCGGCCUUUUUCGCCACCGCCGGCUCCCGUCUUCAUGCCAUCGGGCUCCGAGGACGAAGAAACCCCGGCGCCCAAGACUGGUAAGUGUCCUUUUGAUCACACCAAGAUGGCGGCGAUGGCCGCGGCCCGCGAGGAGGCGCAGCCGCCCUCUCCUACGCCUGCGCCCAACUUUAUGUCAAAUGGGAUGAGCGACAACGCAUCGCCACCAAAAGCCGGAGGCAAAUGCCCGUUCGACCACGCCCAACUGGCGGCGAUGGGAUUCGCGUCGCCGACGCCGAAUACCGGAGAAAAGACCUUUGUUCACGUAGACCCGGACCCCGUUGAGCUGCCGUCGACUCCUGUCAAGCCGCAGCCGUCUCAGAGCGCGCCUGCUCAACAACAGCAGCCGACAUUCAUCAACCCGCCGCUGGACGCGAGCAAGCAGUUCAACUCCAAUGGGGUACCGCAGAUGGUUUUCACCGGCCCGGUCUUCAUUGGCUAUCCCAUUGAGCAGGCAAUCCAGUUCAUGCAACAUUUCCAAGGGAGGCAGUAG